CUAAGACGAUGAUGGCAAGGGCAGCCUCGCCCCCGCCGAGAUAGGCUCGCGAAUGCGCUCACAAAUAUGGUCGCUGGCCGCAAGAGAGGCGGCGAGGAGACUGGGUCCUCGAGGUUCCGGGCAAAAGUUCUAUGGCGGGCAAGCGGCAGAUUUACUGCAUCGCCCUCCUCACCAGCUUCGCCCCCAGCUCCACGCCCGCAGUCUCGCGCCGUCAUCGGACUGCAGCCAGUCGAGGGAAGCGGAGGUUACAAGGAAGCUCCAAGAGCCAACGACAUCUGAUCACGAGAGCCGUCUGCUCCGCUUUCUGCGCAGCGACUCACCCCCCUCGCACUUUAAUCUGCCACCAGACACGACACUGCUCGAUGCAUAUCUCUACCUUCGACAGUCGUGUCCAGGUAGACUGGCGAACUUGGACGAAGAAGCUAUCAGAAUUCUCUGCGCGUCCGUCGAGAGGACGAAGGUGCCCGAAGUGGCGAAGCUAAUUUUGAACGAUAUUGUUGGGAACUCGCCGAGGGGCGCCGAUUGUGACAUGCAGGUCUCUUUGGGCGAUUCACCAGAACGAGCCCAUUUCAACGACGCCUGCCGGAAGAUUUUGAGGUCUGUUGCCUGUUCUCCACCUCCGGCACCCUGGCGAAGGCAAAGCAUGGCGCACGACCCUUUUGUGGAGAGGCUUCACUGGUGCUCCAUGGUGAAUUGCGUCUUCUCGCUUCUCGUCGAACAAGGUGGCGACCCGACCACGAUCCUGGCAGAUCUAGACACCUCGGUUGCACGGAGCCUUCUGAAUGCCAUCAUUCAUGGUACAGACAGCGUAGGCUCGCCUCCUUUUCUGGGUAGCUUGUUUCGGCACUUGGUAGAAGACGAAAGCGCGUCCUUCAGCGUCACCGAAGAAGGUUUCGAUGGAGCCUUUCCGAUGACCAUCGAAGGCGCACGGCUCAUCGACUAUCUUCUACAUCUGCCUCGAUCGACCGAAGGCUUGGAAAAGAUGCUAGGCGACAGUCCCUCUUCGCUCGACCUCCCACAGACGCUAAUGGCCGCGGCAAGGGUGCUUGAGGAAGCCAAAGCGGCUGGCACAGAAGCGGCAACCGACGAGCUCGUUCGUCAAGCUUCGGCAGAUGGAAGGAGAGUCGGCGAAUCGCUGAGAUCGGUCGGACGAGAGGAGCAGGUGGCUGAGGCGGCUCUCGAAAUGACGUUGCGCAGCGUGACGAUGAGACUGUUUCAAAAGGCAUCGAGACACCAAAAUGCUGCUGAGUCCCUCAGAGGUAUGGCUUCCUUCGUCAAAGGUCUCUCGCUUCCCAAACAAGAGUGCAACGAUAUACUCGGCAGGCUGGCGCGCGGCGCUCUCACUACUAUCCUUGCAUCCCAAUCGCACCAGUCCUUUCGCUAUGCUGCGUGCGACAUCAUCGACCGAAUGAGCGAUAUCCUGUUCGCUCCGGAGCAUCUCGCAGACAAUCUUUGGCUCAAUCAGUAUUAUGAUAUCGCAUUCUCCGACAAGCGUCUGUUACGGGCAGCCACAAACACGAUGGGCAGUGUCGUGGCAUCUUCCCCAUGUGCACAGCGACCCUUCGAUUUGGCUGCGACGUUGGGUCCCCGAAUGGUCACUGCGCUACUCAAACGCCACGCUUCGCCUCCCUCUCGUGCACGUGCGAAUCGCCGUGUGUCCGUCGACCUCAUGAUCAUGCAGCUAGGCAUAUUUGACGAAGGAGGCAACCUCGCAGUCGAACCUGAAGAACUCGGCCGUGUCUUCCCGCCCGGAGACCGUGCGUCCUUUCUUGCUACUCUGGCUGAUGCAGGACUCAAACGACAAGUGCUGCUGCUCUACCGUCUCUGGGGCGGCGCAGCGGCCAAGCCAGUCAGAGACCUCUCGCACGAAGAGGACAUCCAGCGACUGACUGCAUUUAUCCUCUUCAACCUGCACGUGUCGCGGAAGAGGAGGAGGAAAGAGAGCAUUCACAAAGUCGCAGUUGAACCGAGCGACGACGACUCGCUCGAGGUGAUUCAAUCUCACGAUGUUCUCCAGUCUCUCGUCCGUCUUCUCGCCAAGGGGAGUAACGCCGUUGGAGAAGGAGGAGAAGAAGCGGAUCAGGUAUCGUCGGACAUUCAGACAGCCUAUCACGUCAUUGACGCCUACGCGCGCUCACGCCCAUGGUCGGCAAGGUCACAGAAAGACUACUUUGCCCUGGCCUCUGCCUACUUCCUCCUUGGACGAAGGGACGAGGCGCUGCGCGUCAUGACGGCUGUCCUCGGUCUCAGUACUAAGGGCCAGAAGGCAGCACUGAAGAGGCCGCAGAUCGACGAUCUCCGGUUGCUCAUGGAAGGUCUGGCCGACAUUGACCUUGACAAGGCGAUUGAAAUUGUCGUACAGAGGACUUCGCCUGGCGGGGAAGACGAGCGGGAUUCAAGGUUGCUCACCCAGAUGCUCUAUCGAUGCUGGUCGACCGAGCGGCUUGAUCUGGCAUGCAAGCUGCUCGACUUUGCAGAUGCAAGGGGCGUCUCGCAGCAUUUUUUCGUCGAGGCGAUCCGUACCAUUGUCGCCUUCACAGCUGCCAAGAAGGGUGGAGAGCAUCUUGCGAUGCUCAGCGGGGCUACUAGGAUCUACGCAGAUCAGUUGCGGAAGGGCAAGACUGCGUCGAUGAGCGUCGCACUCAAGCUCGAGCGGCUAGCCAAGGACGCUCUCUGGUUGCCCAGCAAACCCAUCCUGGCCUCGGUUAUUAAGCUGUGCGUGCAUGAGAUGGGUCCGGCCUUGCCACGUCCGGAGGAGCGAGAGACAGAAGAGAGCCGAGAGGAGGACGAACAGCACGAGAAGAGUGAAAGCCAGACCAGAGAGGAAAUGACGAAGAGCCCGACAACUCGUCACUCGUUGCACGCUGAAGACAGGCAGGCUGCGCUGCUGCUGCUUCACCUCUCCUACCGCUCCUUGUCGACGGUCGAUUUCAGUGCGAGCCGUGCUGUGAUCCGCGCGAUCCAUCAGAAGGCCCACGCGAUUGCCCGCCAUCCUUCGUCAGCAAUGUACGGAAACGGGACGGAGUUUACCCGUCUGCAGGCCGAGCUCGACGACACCGUCUAUUUACUCCGGCAAACGUACGCUAACAUUUCUGGCAGAACGACAGGAGAAGAAGCAAGGUUGCAUGGUAGUGACGAGGGGGAGCUCGGCUAUUCGAUGCCAAUCGUUCUGUUCAGAGAUCUGAUGCUCGCUUAUGUGCGUCUGGGCGACGAUGGCGGCGCGACAGAGAUUCUUCGCUGGGCCCGGGAGGAAGCGGGCGUGACGCUGCAGGAUCUCGAGCAGACUUGGAAACGUCCCACGAGCUCGGCAGUGGAACACACGCGCUCGUUUGCCAGUUUCGUUGGAGAUGCUAUUCAGAAGGGGCGGAUUCUCAGGAGGGGUCUGAGGAGGCGCGAGAGCCUGGCAGAGGUGAUGGAGUGGCUCGCAGACCGGAAAGAGGUGCCAAAGACGAAAAGCUGGUGGCGAGUGGGCGACCCAGCAAGGCCCGCCUCUCGUUGAGUGCCCAUUACACAUCAUGUACAGAUAUAAUUACAAUGCAAGGGAACAAUUCCAG